AUGCCACGCGUGUUUGGCCUGGUCAAGCCGGCAACCGAGCCCAGCCAGGGAAAGGAAAGCGUCUUCGACCUCUUCGCCAGCCUCAAGGCGCCGGGCAUGCGUGACUGGAAGCUGGUGGAUCCUUCGCUCGCCUCCACCUUCUCGAAGAAGGAGCUGAGCUUCAUUCUGCGACGCCACUCGAUCCAGCGGGGCGGGAAGAAGGAGGACCUUGCCCUCGAGCUCAUGGCGUUGAUAAGGUCCGACGGUCUUUCGGCGCCCGACGAUCCCAUCGUGGGGUUGUUCGCUGCCAACGUCGCGCCUGCCGAGUCGCAGGACGAGACCCAGGCGCCUCCCGGCUGGCUGGCCGACGGCGGAGCGGCGUGCAGCCAGAGCUUGGCGGCCGCUGAUGCACCGGCUUCGUUUGGCUUCUCAAACGGCAACGUCGAGUCGCAGACAGAGCAGCAGUCGCAGUCGCAGCAGUCGCCCUGGAUGGGCAUCGACCGCGUGCCAUCACAAGCGGCGGCCGUACAGCCAAAGGCAACCCUCCCGUCCACGCCCAGGACGGUCGUGCCGAGACCCUCGUCGCAGCACCCCGACUGCAUUACGCCGCCGGAUUUGGCACGAGAAGCGGUUGCGGUGGUGCAUCCGCCACGCCGCACGAUCGGUCUGAGCGCCGCGGAGCGGGAGCUGAUCGAUCGGCUCAAGAGCGAGGCCGCGGUUGCGGGCGCCAUUUGGCCAGACUUUGACGCCCUGCGGUUGGACUUCUCGCUGAUGCCGCGCAAGGCGAGCCGGAGUGACACUCUCUGCUCCAAGGUCGCUGCGUCUGCAUCGCGUGGCGUCGAUCGUGGCGGGGCCCUCUCCCCGAGUGCCGUGGGGCCACUCGCCCAUUCGCCUCCGGCGGCAGCUUCACUUGGUGCGCGGUCGUCCGGCGAGCCCGGCGUGGAACACUCUGCGCUCGCUCCAGAGCCAGCGCCGAAGCGGCCACGGCAGGGAAAGAGUGCCGAGGAGGUGAGCGAUCUGAUCAGCAAGGCACGGAGGAUCGUGCGCGGCGUCAGCGAGCAGCAAGCGGCUUCCGCGCUCGCCGCGGCCGACUACUGCCUGGGGCCAGCCUUGGCGGCGUUGCGGCGUGCACUCCAAGAGCAGCUGCGAAGCCGCGACGAGGCCGACGAGUCGAGCUCCUGUGUCGCCGCCGCCGACCGGAAGCGCCGCCCCGUGCAGCGCUCCCUCGGGCUCUGCUUCGCGGGCGGGCCGUCGCAGACGGCCGGCCUCGAGGACAGCGCCGGUUCGGGCGGCGGCUCUCGGAGCUGUGUCGGUCUCGAGCGACUGGAGCGGGGCGCAAGCGAGUGGCGCGAUGCGUGUGACUCGGGCUCCGAGACGACGAUGGGGGAGCGCUCGGACCUCGAUGAUGGCGAUGCCACCGAGCGGGAGGCCCGGUCAGAUGACGGCUCUGACGACGGGUACCACGCAGACGGGUACGGCUCGCUGUCGUGA